UAUAACUUUAGAGAAUUAAUACCGAUAUGCAUGUAUUUAUUGAAUUAAUUAUAAACAGCACUUUACUAUGGAUAUUUCUACAAACAACAUUAAAUGUGUUAGUUACCAUUCUGUACGAGCAUUGCAUUCCUUGGAUUGUUUGGGGGUCAUUAAUUGUCAUAAUAGCAUUGAAAUUAGUACGAAUAUCGCCUCCACCUGCUAACACUGUGCAGGAAGUGCUUGGUGUAAAUCCUCUCUUCUUAGGAAAAGAUAAUUCUAUACCUGAAAAUCGUGGUAAUGGAGAACAGUACUGCAUGAGAGUAGUAGCUCAUCGUGGUGGAGGAUAUGAUUAUCCUGAGAACAGUUUGUUGGCUAUUCGAAAUAGCAAAGGAAAAGGCUGUACUGCUGUAGAACUGGAUUUAAGGCUAACAAAAGAUAACAUUCCAAUAAUAUUUCAUGAUUCAACAAUUGAGAGACUUACAGGUCAAAUAGGAACAAUUAAUGAGAUGACAUGGGAAGAAUUAAAGAAGUUUGAUAUAUCUUAUAAUCAUCCACUUAGGAACAAAUUCUCUAAUAGUGAGAGUAUUGCGCUCUUUCAUGAUGCAUUACAAGAAUGCCUGAACAAUGAACAAAGAGUAAUCAUAGAUAUAAAAGAAACAAGGAUAGAUGUUGUACAAGUUGUUCUCGAUGCAUAUGAGAAAUAUCCAAAAUUGUUUCAAAGAUGCAUUGUGUCAAGUUUUAAUCCAAUUAUAGUAUAUAUGAUUAGAAAGAAAGAGCCACGUAUUGUUUCAAGUCUUGCUUGGAGACCAUAUUUUUUCUCAAAAACAUAUUAUGCAGGCCUGGAAGGAAUGAGCCCUGUACAAUUUCACAAUCCUUUUAAACAUUUGGCAGCUCAUAUCUUGGAAAUUUUGUAUGAGUGGCUUCUUCCACGUUUUGUUUACCAUAUUGUAGGUAUUUCUGCCAUAUUGUUGCACAAGGACACAAUAAAUCCACGUGUAAUAGAACAAUGGUGCGACCGCAAUGUACGUGUAAUGGCAUGGACAGUAAAUCGACCAUCCGAGAAAAUACACUUUUCAAAGCUUCUCAAAGUCACGUAUCUAACUGAUACGCUACAUCUAGAGAAGGAUAUGUAAUAUAAUAUCCUAUGUAAUAUAAUAUCUAGAUGUUUUUCUUCAGUAUUACACUUCACAAAGACUUAUAUACUGGCAUUAUAUAUAUAUAUAUAUAUACAGGGUGUCCCGUAAUUGCAGUCUCACCGCUUGUAGGCAGGUAGAA